AUGAAGACAGGAGUUUUGAGGAAAGUACAAGAUUCACCUGAAUCCUGCCAUUUCUGUCCAGACGAAGAACAUUCUCUGUGGGAUUGUACAUCUGCUGAUGAGAGAUAUGCCACAGCUGAGAAAGCCACUUUCACCUUUGAUCAAGGAGAGCUCGAAUUUCAAGAAGCAAAUACCCCCAACGAAGAGGACCGGUCUGAAGACCCGAUGGAAUCGAGAGAGCCUCUUGGAUAUUCUUCGAUUGGAAUUUCUUCUCUUUUCUUCUUUUCCUUACUGUUAAAUUGCCGCAUUUCAGAAGCUCUCUGA